AUUUAAUUGAACUGUAUAUUUAUUUUAUCCAUUUCAUUAUAAUAUAAUUUAUCAUAUUUCCAGAUUUUUAGCAUAAGUGACCUUGACCUAGUUCCGUGUAAACCAGAUCACUAUUUCAAAGAUCAUCAAUCAAAGACUGACGACUAACUCCACACACUCUAUUUUUAUUCUAUAUCAACCAUUUUAUAUUAUUGAUUGGUCAUAUAUUAGUGACUGGUGUUCUAUAUUCGACAUAUUUAUUUUAUACUUUCCCUAUACCUAUAUUCGGAUAUCUAAACCGUAAGGUAUUUUCAUGACUGAUUUAUUAUCUAAGUUGGAUUUUAAUUUAUUAAAAACGCCAAUUGCUAACUUUAUUUAUAAUCGGUUUAUUGGUUAUUUAUUUUCACUCCGGAUCUUUCUAGUAAAAUGAAUGCGUACGGCCACAGGCCACCACAAUACACUUAUCCAAAGGAUGAGAUCCAUCACUUUAAUCCGAACACAUACCCUCAAAAUCCGGUCUCUCAUCCAGUAAACUCUAUGGGCGUCUCUAAUAUUAAUUCAAAUUUCCAUCCAAGUUAUAAGUAUGCGUCUAGACACCCUCAUGAGUCAUCUAAGUUCUCUAAUUUUGAUAAAGAAGUCCCAUCCAACCAUGUAGAAUACUCACGUAGUGGAUGGUCUAACGGAAACAUAGCAGAAUCUCCUCCAGAAAAAUACUACUCAGUUAACGUUCCCCCGGCAAACACACACUCCUCAUAUCAAACAGAACUAAAGCCGGAAACAUAUGUGCACAAGAAUUUUAAACCAGAACAUAACACACAAAGUAACUGGGACAAUCCAGUAAAUCAGUAUUCUCAUGUCAGAUUAGCUAUUUUCUUAGAAAACUGUAGCUUGUCGUACGACUUACUCGAGUCGGACCUGAGGGAGCUUUUCUCCUACUACUCAGGAGUUCACUCCCUGUACAUUUCACCAGAUUAUCCAGCAGCAGAACUUGUACUUACAGAUCCAAACGCAUGCAAAGCAGCCUCGGCUGACCUUAACGGUGUGGUGCUCCCAGGCAUCGGAACCCUGAGGUGUGUGGUCAUGGCGACAGGCCAGAGCUUAAACUCCCUCAUGUCAACAGCAAACAUAUACCAGAAUUUUAAUAAGUCAACUAGUUCUAACUCGACUGCGUCUACCGUGGACAACCCUAGCCUGAGAUAUUCAUACAACGAAAUGAAAAAUCCCAACGGACACACUAAAGUGAUUCAUCCAAGACCACUGGUAGUGAAUAAUGUGGAGCACGUUAUUGGAAUAACCAACAGACAGAAUACGAAUCGCCUGUGCCGUUUCGAGCUGAUAGAGCUGUUCUCGUUUGAGCCGGAUUUUGACGUGACGGCACAGAUUUUGGGGCCAAAUAACACUAACAUAGAGUAUAUUAUGAAAAACGCUAAUAACAAGGUGGACAUUAGUAUUAAGGGGAAACCUCUAAACUCUGCGUCGCCCACGGACAGGCUCCAUAUCACAAUCUCAUCCAACGAUUUCUACUCCUACAACAAGGCCAUAUACAUGUCAGAAGAUUUACUGUGUUCAGUGUGUGAAAAGUACGUGGAGUUCGUCAGAGAGAGAGGGAAAAUGGUCUCAAGUCUAGUUGGCUUCUGUCGACAUGAGUACGAAGAAGACUCGUCAGGGAAACUUGACUACAAGGGCUCCAUCGAAAAGCCAAAGACCUGGCUAGACAAUAAUACAAAGCGAUUUAAUAGCCAAAAGUUCAAUCAUUACCGUAACAGCUUUUCUAAAAAAGUAAAUGAUCGCAGCCGACCGAUCCCCCCGAGCCGAAACCCUAACUUGAGAAUUCCAGUAAAUCCCAGAAACAGGGUUUUCAGAAAGUGAUUAGUGUUCAAUUUAAAUAUAUGUGUCCCAAGCUGUGUUAACAUGUAGAUUGUCUAGUUUUACACUUGGAUUGCUGAUUUCCAGACGUGUUCGUUAAAAUGAAGUUAAUUGUACCUGGGAUUAUAAUAUUUAUAUAGUCUGAGGUACCCAAGUGAUUUAAUAUAAAAGAUUAAUCCAUAUUUAACACACGAUUCAUUUCUCAGUGUAUUCCUCUAUAAUUCGGACUGUAAUUUUUGUUUUAAUUGGUGUCAUACACAGAUUUAGUACCCAAUCAUAAGCUUUGACCCUGUCACGCAAUUUCAUUACACCUCACAGGCCUAACUCUUAAUCUCUACCCUAUACACUACUCAAAAUAAAUAUAGCAAGUUCACAAAUCUACAUAUUCUAUUGCGUAUCAACCGUGUAUUAAUAUGGGUGUUUAUUAUAUUAGAUUAGUCUGAGGAGUCUUCGGAGUCUGGGUCGUGGUAGUAGUCACCCAGAAAUAAAAAGUAAGGGUGACUGGGCAUGUAGUUUUUAAGAGCCCAGUUGGUUCCACGCUCCUGAAGAAAGUAUAAAAAUUUUAACUUACACUUCUACGACGCUCCAAGUACCUAGUCACGGGAUUAGUGUUCUCAGCCAGAGCACGCUCCUUCUCUGCGUUUAUCCACUCAAUAGUGUAACGCUUAGGCUUGAUUCCUAAAAAAUAUUUUUAAACAGUUUUAAUCAAUAAAUUGUUAAUCAUAAACUAAUUGACUUGAUAAUUUACUAAUUUGAUCAUUUA